AAAACAAGCUACCUCUCCCCAAUUUAAAUACAACCAUCUGCAUGUGAAGUGAUGAGAGUGCGCUCAGAUUAAAAAGCAUAUAUGCAUGCUGCUUAAUUAAACAUGUUCAACAAAGACCAACACACCCUCUCUUCCUCUUCUUUGAGCCCUAGAAUCUCCUUUUCCAAUGAUUUUGCGGACACCCAGCAAAUUUUCAAGCCCGAGUUCAGCUACAGAGAAGCUCCAGUUUCUUCGGAUUUCGAAUUCUCUGUGAGAAAUGACUCCAUGAUGUCUGCAGAUGAGCUUUUCUUCAAAGGAAAGUUGUUGCCUCUCAAGGAAAAUUGUACCAAUAGUAAGCAGAUAAGGAAGAAGACCCUGAGAGAUGAACUCCUCGUCGACGACGAUGGCUUUGAGGAUGCGCCAAUGAGCAUGGCGAAGGGUUCAGGCCGCCGGAAGGAGUGGUUGGGUCUAAAGAGAGUCCAUAAUUUGUCUAAGAAAGCAAAUGCUGAGGGAAAGGGGCGUGGCAUGUUGAUUCAUGAGGAGGUGCAGCCUAGCAGGACAGUGCAGGAACUGUUAAGUGAAGGAGGAUCAAGCUACCAAGAAUUGGGGUCUGGAAUGUGAUGACAUCGUUGAUGAUUAACAAGGUGAAAUCGACACUUUGGAAGCAUAUUGGCAACUUCAGGGACAGAGGGAGGGAGAAAGGGUACACAUUUUUCUGUCCAACAUAGAAAAAUUUAGAUGCUAUGGAGAUCCAAAACCCAAAAUAUUUUGGCGUUUGUUCACUGUUGUAUUCGUCUUUGAGCCCAUGUGUAACCUAUCCAGUGAUGUUUAAUAUGCAGUAACGAAAUGAGUUAAAGCCAAAUGAAGUGAAGUAAAAAUUGUAUGAUGAAGAUGUAAAAAUGAAGUAAUCAAAUCCAAUUUUAUUCCUUCUGAUUCUUAGAUACCAAACCUUUAAGAACUCUAGCUUGGUUUGGAACUUCUUUUUUUUUUUUUUUGUAUCUUGUCUCCUUGAAUAAAAUAAUAAAGAUUAGUCAUUUCAGAUGCCA